CUUUUUUAGUUGAAGGUGAGAAGUGGCUUGAAAUCUAUUCUGAUUAAACCCUAUCUAGUUUGAGAUAUGGAGUUUGAAUUAGUUCUUUGUUUUGCAGAUUCAGUCGAGGUGUCCUGAACGAUCUAUACCAGAUCACAUCAGGAGCAGGUGAUGGCUCCACAACAGCCGAAGAGUGGCCUCUUUGUGGGGCUGAACAAAGGUCAUAUUGUGACUAAGAAAGAAUUGGCUCCUCGCCCAUCUGCUAGAAAAGGAAAAACCAGUAAAAGAGUCAUCUUUGUGAGAAACCUGAUCAGGGAAGUUGCUGGUUUUGCACCUUAUGAAAAGAGAAUCACUGAGCUUCUGAAAGUUGGCAAAGACAAGCGUGCAUUGAAAGUAGCAAAGAGGAAGCUUGGUACUCACAAGAGAGCAAAGAAGAAGCGUGAGGAGAUGUCCAAUGUUCUCCGCAAGAUGAGAUCUGCUGGAGUAGGUGACAAGAAGAAGUGAGGAUAUGCAUCAGUUGACCUGCAACUUGCUUAGUCUGUUGAAAGAGAAGAUGUUUGCUCAACAUUCAUGGUUCAUUGUUUGUAAUGGAGAA